AAGAUGUAAAAACCUUCAACAUCAAUUUCUAAUUCAUAUUUCCAAGAACCAAGCAAUUUGUUGGAAUCUCUAUUUUUGAACAUCAAACCAAAUUAAGCAAACACAAAUUAGGGACCUCAAAAGGGAGAGUAAAGGUUCAAUUGCCAUGCUUUGUUCUAGGUCCUUCAACCAUGGGAAGGAACAUGCCUAGCAUGUCUUCAGGUGAAGAUCCGUUGAUACACCCGGCAUCGUCAUUCCCUCUCCUUGUCGUGGGCAUGGCUGCAACAAUGGCUAUAAUCACCGGUCUAUGUGGGUUUAGAAGAAAGUUUAGAAGAAGAAAAUCAUCACCUGAUCCAUCCUUUCCCGGAGUUGAAAGCACAGAGAAAGCAUAUUUAAAAAUUCCCACUGCAGAGGCAACAACAGCACUUCCCACACCAGAAGAUGAGGCCAAGGCCACCAUCCCACUGCCUCCGCCACCGGCUAUGAAGGAUUUGAGAGCUACAUUUUCUUUCAAUUACACGCCAAAGUCCGAGUGCACAAGGACCAUGAGUGUCAAAGUCCCGAGAAGCAUGUCCUUUGUUGGGAGCCAGGAAGAAAAACUGCACAAAGGGUGGAGAAAAGUGAAGAAGGCCGCAAAGCUGAAAACAGACUAUGAUUCUGUUUGGACAAAGACGAUUGUAUUAGGUGAAAAAUGUAGGAUAAGGGAUGAUGAAGAUGAUGUUGUCUACAAUGGAAAGGGUACCAAUGCCUCAAGGCCCUCAACCUCCUAUCCUAGUCCUAGCGCCUUACCAUUGUCUAGACAAACCUCCUCCAUUGAUCCAAAUGCAAUCCCAAGCCAAGAUAAGCAAAAGGGAAAAACAAUAAAAGAUGAGGAUUGUUGAUGUUUUUGAAUGAAUGCAUUAAAAGUUUUCUUCUCCUUCUUGAAUCUUUGUGGCAUUAAUUUAUACAGAACUUUAAUGCUACCUGAAAGCAAAAUUAGUGCUACAGAACCUGAGAAAUUUCUGCAACCAAUCUGGUAAUUUUCAAAAUGAAAGUAAUCACAACUA